CUGCAUUUCCGUGGCUUCACCCCAAUGGUCAAUACAUUGACUUACACACAGUUGUAAACGCAAAUGCUGGCCCCCGCUUGCAUUGACGCCAACCAACGCUGCACCACUCAACAGGCUGGGCGCCUUUCGCGAAGUUUCUGACAGCUCUGGGCUUAGACCUUCCUGUUUGCUGAGUUAGGGGUCCAAGGCUGCCUGAAUGCAGCUUAGCUGAGGAACUCAGCCGAGCAGAGCAACGUUGCCGCCAAAGCAUGCUUGCAUUUCCUGUAGGAGGCAUACAUUAAUUAGCCCCUAUAACUCGGAACAAGGAACUUGAAGGAGUUGUUAUCUAGAAACGCCAGCUGUUAAAGGCCGGCGAUGGAUACCUCAGGCUGGGGCAGUUCACGAAAGGGUGGAAACCCUGGCGUCAAGGCUUCAUUCCACUUCGGAAAUGGUGGCCACAAUGGGUUCUCUCGACUGCAUGAAGAGACGAGGACCGCUGCAGAUGGCCGUCGGCGCUACGUGCCCGAGGAAAACGCCAGCUUCCUCUCCCACGUCUUCUUCAACUACUGCAACGGCCUCGUACGGCUGGGCGGCCAGCGCCCCUUGGAGCACGAGGACCUGUGGGACGUGGCGGCACGCGACGAGGCUGCGCUGGUGUCGGCUCGCUUCCAGGCGGCCCUGGCGGCCACUGCCGACCCCGUGAAGCACCCGCAGGGAGUGGUGUGGCGCGCCAUGCUGUCCACGUGGGGUCGGCCGCUGCUGGUGACGGGGGUGAUCAAGCUGCUGCACGACCUGGUGAUGUUCACCUCGCCGUACCUGCUGGAGCUGCUGCUGCACCACAUGGGGGCGGGGGGAAGCAGGGGCGGCUCCUUCGGUAUCGCGGUGGCCAUCCUGGCGAUGGCGGUGCUGGAGAACUUCACCGUCAACUGGUACUUCCACCUGCUCUUCCGCAUGAGCCUGCACCUCAAGAUCGCGCUGAUCGACCUGGUGUACGACAAGUGCCUCCGCAUCACCACCGCCGUACGAUCCGAGAUGGGCACCGGCGCCAUCGUGAACCUGCAGUCCAACGACGUGGCCAAGCUGUGGAGCACUGUGCUCUACCUCCACGUCAUUUGGAACGGCCCCUUCCAGAUCCUGAUUGUGAUGUUCCUGCUGGUGCGGAUCAUGCACUGGGGGCCCUCCAUGGCGGGCCUGGCGGUGACCAUUGUGGUGAUCCCGCUGACCGCGCUGCUGGGGAAGGCGCUGGCGAAGAGCCGGCGGGAGCAGAUCAAGUUCACGGACCAGCGCGUGAAGCUGUGCUCGGAGGUCAUCAGCGGCAUCCGCGCUAUCAAGCUAUACGCCUGGGAGGAGCCCUACGUGGAGCGCAUCCAGCAGCUGCGAGACUGCGAGCUGGCGCAGAUCAAGCGCACGCAGGCGCUGUCCAUGUUCAACACCGCCAUGUUCAUGUCGGGGCCGGUGCUGGUGGGGCUGGCGGCGUUCGGCACGUUUGCGGGCAUGGGGUACAGCCUGACGGCGGCGGUGGCGUUCCCCGCGCUGGCGCUGUUCAACCUGCUGCGUUUCCCCAUCAUCAUGCUGCCCAGCCAGAUCAUGAGCUUCAUCCAGGCUCGUGUGGGCCUGCAACGCAUCCAAAAGUUCCUCGAAGCGGAGGAGAUGAGCCACUCCGCACCCGGAUACACCUCCAUCCCGCACCCCGCCGCCGCCGGCUCCUCCACCUCCCUGCUCUCCGCCUCCGCCGCCCUCACCUCCCCCGCCAUGCCCGACUCCACACCCACCUCCUCCUCCCUCGCCUUCUCCACCGCGCCGCUCAGCAUCCGUGACGGCACCUUUGCCUGGGAUGCCUCGAGCGAGCCGGUGCUGCGAGGGAUCAAUUUGGAAGUGCGGCGCGGCUCGCUGGUCAUGAUUGUGGGCCAGGUUGGCUCCGGCAAGAGCUCCCUGCUUGCUGCUGUGCUGGGCGAGCUGCACCGCCGCACCGGCAGCGUGCGGGUGGUGGGCAGUGUGGCCUACACGGCGCAGGACCCCUGGAUCCAGAACUCCACGCUGCGCAACAACGUGUUGAUGGGCGGCGAGAUGGACACGGAGGCCUACGCGGCCACCCUGCAGGCGUGUGCACUGGUGGCGGACCUGGAGCUGCUGCCGGGAGGUGACCUGAGUGAGAUCGGCGAGAAGGGCAUCAACCUGAGUGGCGGCCAGAAGCACCGAGUGGCGCUGGCUAGGGCCACCUACGCCGCCGCCGACGUGUACCUUCUGGACGACCCGCUGUCCGCCGUUGACGCGCACGUGGGUCGCCACCUGUUCGAGAGCUGCAUCUGCGGCCUGCUUGAGGACAAGACGCGGCUGCUGGUGACGCACCAGCUGCAGUACCUGGCUGCUGCGGACCUGGUGGUGGUGGUGGAGGGCGGGCGGCUGCAGCACGUGGGGUCCUACUCGGAGCUGGUGGCGCGCGGAGUGGACUUCCACCAGUUCGUCAAGGAGGAGGAGGAGGAGGAGAGGAAGGUGGAGGGGAGCAAGGAGGAGGGGGCGAGGGGAGGAGCGGACAAGGGCACAGCGACCACGACGCCGGGGGCUGACGCUGCCGCCGCCGCUGCCGUCGGCACCGCCUCCGCCGCCGCCACCAGCGCCGCCGGUACGGCGGAGGACUUUGGAAGCGGAGGCGGCGGUGGCGGCCUUCCUGCCGCUCCCAGUAGCCUUUCGCUGUCUGCUGCCGGGGCGACGGGCGCUGCCCGGCUGCCUGUUCCCUCCUCACCCCCCUCCUCUGAGGAUGAGGACGAGGAGGGCGAUGGAGACGAUGAACGCGAGCCGCUUACCAAGUCCGCAUCAACCGUACCGCUCCUCUCCGACGGCGCCGCGAACAACAAAACCACCGCACACGCUACUGCCACCAGAACGACCCUCAACACUGCCGCCGCCGGCGCCCUGGUUGCUGUUUCCGGUGACAGCUUUUCCGGCUCGGGUUCAGGCACCCCAACCAAGCCAGCUCGCUUCGGCGGCGGCUCCAUGCGUCACCUCGCCGCGAACAACCCCACCCUCACCAGCACCGCUGGUGGUGGUGGUGCUGCUUCUCCCAACCCCGGCAACAGCGGCACCACCACCACCGCAGCCGCUGCUGCUGCUACCGAUUACGAAGCCGAGCGGGUGCGUCUGCUUGACACCAUGGCUCGUAAGGAGGCGGACGGUAAGCUGGUGAAGGUGGAGGAGCGCGCCAAGGGACGUGUGGAGCGGUUCGUGUACGGCGCCUACCUGAAUGCCUGGUCGGUUGCAUACCUGCUGCCGCUGUCGGUGGUGGUGUUUGCGCUGGGGGAGCGGGGGCUGCAGGUGGGGCAGAACUUUGUGCUGUCGGACUGGAGCAAUGAGACGGCGCAGGCGGCGGAGCAGCACAAGACGGCGCAUAACGGCAAGUACCUCUCCCUCUACUUCACGCUGGGUCUGGUCUCCAUCGGCAUCCAGCUGCUGCGCUCCUUCCUGCUCAUUCUGGGCUCCAUCCGCGCCUCCCGCCACCUGGCGCGGAGGCUGCUGGCCAAGGUGGUGCGACUGCCCAUGAGCUUCUUCGACCAGCAGCCGACAGGUCGGCUGCUCAACCGCUUUACCAAGGACAUGGAGGCCCUGGACAUCAACGUCUCCGGCGCCGUCAAUUCCGCCCUCUCCACCUUUGUCACCGCGCUGCUCUCCGUCGUCGUUGUGGUCAUCGUGACCCCCCUUGCCCUCGUGUGCUUCCUGCCGCUCUUCUUCGUCUACUACCGGGUGCAGCAGCUGUACGUGGCCUCCAGUCGGGAGCUCAAGCGGCUGGACUCGCUGGCCUUCUCACCCAUCUUCCAGCACUUUGGGGAGAGCCUGGCGGGGCUGACCACCAUUCGGGCCUUCAGGAAGAUGGACCAGUUCAUGGACAAGAACAGGGCCAACCUGAACCACAGCAACCGCGCCUACUGGCCCAUCCAAGUGGUCAACCGCUGGCUGUCGGUGCGUCUGGAGCUGAUGGGUGCGCUGGUGGUGUUCACCGCAGCCAUCACGGUGGCGGUCAUCUUCCCACGCAAUGCGGGUCUGGCGGGGCUGGCCAUCACCAGUGCGCUCAACCUGACGGGCAUUAUGAACUGGAUGGUACGACAGACGACGGAGCUGGAGGUUAACAUGAACAGUGUGGAGCGCAUGAUCGAGUAUGACAGGUACGAGGAGGAGGCCCCGGCGGUCAUUGAGUGCAGUCGUCCGCCCGCCAACUGGCCCGCCCAGGGAGAGAUCCAAGUGCAGGACCUGGUUGUCCGCUACCGCCCCGAGCUAGACCCGGUGCUCCGCGGCCUCACCUUCACCGUGGCGGGCCGUGAGAAGGUGGGCGUGUGCGGCCGAACCGGCUGCGGCAAGAGCACCCUCAUGAUGACGCUGUAUCGCCUGGUGGAGCCGUGCGGCGGGAGCGUCAAGGUGGACGGACUGGACAUCACGGCAAUGGGGCUGUACGACCUGAGAUCUCGGCUGAGCCUGGUGCCGCAGGAUCCCGUGAUCUUUUCGGGCAGCGUACGGUCGAAUCUGGAUCCGUUUGGGCAGGCACGCGGGGAUAAGGAGCUGUGGGAGGCACUGGAGCGGGCGGGGCUGGAUGUCACGGUUCGUGGGUACGAGAAGGGUCUUGACUCGGAGGUGCGGGAGGGCGGAGCCAACAUGAGUGUGGGCCAGCGGCAGCUGCUGUGUAUGGCCCGGGCGCUGCUGCGAGCCACUCGCAUCCUGGUGCUGGACGAGGCGACCUCCAAUGUGGACAACUCGACGGACUCGCUCAUCCAGCGAACCAUCCGCACCGCAUUCAAGGACUGCACCGUGCUCACCAUCGCCCACCGACUGCACACCAUCGUGGACAGCGACCGCAUCCUGGUGCUGGAGGCGGGCAGGCUGGCCGAGUACGACACGCCCGCGCAGCUGCUGCGCAACCCGGGCAGCCACUUCCGCGGGCUGGUGGAGGAGACCAUGCGGGGCGGCGGCGCGGCGGGGGAUGUGGUGGCGGCGGUGUUUAGGGAGGCCACGGCGGAGGGGGCGUGUGAGUGAGUGCGCGGAAGUGAGAUGGGGAGGAAAGAGAGCUGGUUAUGGUUAUGGCUGGUUGCAGUGUGUAUGCGUGUGUUUAAGGUGUAUGUACGGGCCAGAGGGGGCCACGGGGGGCUAAGGAGGCUAUGGUGCCGGCGGGAGCUGCUGAUUAAACUAUGGAAGACCUUGGAAUGGGGUCCCUGGGGGUUUCCUGACCGUGGAUAUGAUGGUGGAUAUUGUCCGAACUGACGCUAUAGAAGCAGCCUCCGGUUUAGUGAUAGCCUGGUGGGGGGUUAGGGAGCGUGCGGCUCAUGACGCACCAUGGUACUUCAUGACGCACCUUGGUACUGGACGUUUAUAGAAGGAAAAACCCUCCAGGUGGAACGUGUCUCUGCUCUAGACGAGCGCUUAUGAGUGAAAUCCAAUGCAAUCUUAAGGUGCAGCCGGGAACGCUGCUGUGAGGCAAGUUAGCGUCGUGGGGCAAGGCUAGGCGGCGGGUUUACGGUAAUUAGGUCGCGCGGUCAUAAGCAAACUCAACGGCUGCUUUUGACCUGCUUGCGACUUUGAUGCGACUGUGAUGCGAGUAAAAAGAGGGUAUCAGGCACACCUGCUUUGGCACAUGGGACUUGGUGCCUAGGCGAGUCGUGCUUUGCAGCCAAUGCGGCUGCUGGGUUGGGGUCGGAUUGUGGCUGCUGUGCUGUGCUGGGUGGCCGCAAGGGGGGCUACUAGUUCGGACUGCAGAUGAGCGGAUAGGCCAGGUUGUGGUGCCUGUGCAUGACAGAAUUUAUCCGGAUGUGGGGACAGACGUGCACGGUCUGUCAGGCGGCGGUGUGUACUGCUGACGUGCACGCCGGCGCGGCAACUAACCUAGCAGUGGUCGCCGUGGAUUUGGGGUGGUUGAAAAGGUGAUAGGAUUGGUUUGUGCGGGGGUGGCUGGGUACCGCUGACCCCCGGGGUCAGUGAUGAGCUUGUGUUCAUGGCCUUCAUUGCGCCGCCUAAGUGCAGCUGUAACCAUGCCGUUGGA